AUGGCUAGUAAUCGCGUUCCGAUCAACUACGAAGUACCGUCGUUUCCUUCGUUGUAUGAUCCUCUUCCGUCGCAUCAUCAGCAGGCCUACUAUCUAUACUACACGACGGAUAUUUGGCGCUUUACGUUGUUCUGGACGCUUAUCUUCUAUGCCGCAACUCAUCUCACUGUUGCUGGAUGCGCGGUACUGACAAACUGCCGAAAUUGGAGUGUGAUUUGGAUUGUGCCCUUAGUGUACAGCUUCAUUGCGGGGUUACAGGGGCUUUUUGCCGGGAGUAUCGUUGGACUCGUUCUGGGCGCGGUGUAUGAAGCAGGCAAUUUCAGGAUGUCGACUUGGUUGCCGAUGGUUUGGGGUGGUGUCAAUGUCAUGGUGCUGGUUGUGACCAGUUUCCCGAUGCAAGGUGGUCUUUGA